GGCCACGGCGAAGCCCAGUCGCCGCCAUUGGAGGGCCUGAUGCUGCCCAACGAGUGCGAGUGCAAGUGGUGAACAGUCAGAGCGCAGAGGCGAGCGCCAAGCAAGGGACGUUCCAAGUCUCACGUCGCAGCCGCAGUCAUUCCCGGGCGGAAAGGAUUUUCGCAGUGCCCAGUGCAUUUUAAAGCUUCAAACUGAGGUCCGCGGCGCAAGGAAUCAGCAUGGAGAAGCGGGUCCAGUUGGAAAUGAGAACGAUGAAACCUGAUCAGAUAGAGGAGCUGAUCUUGGACAAUUGUCGGAGCACAACAAUUGUUGGAUUAACAGAUGACUUUGUUAAUUUGGAGACAUUAUCCCUCAUUAAUGUUGGUCUUACAAGUCUUAAAGGUUUCCCCAAACUUCCUAACUUAAAGAAGCUUGAAUUGAGUGACAACAGAAUUUCUGGUGGCUUGAACCUUCUUCACACAAGCCCAAAAUUGUCUCACCUAAAUCUUUCAGGAAACAAAAUUGGAAGUUUGGAAGCAUUAGAGCCCUUGAAAGAAUUCAAAAACCUGAAAAGCCUUGAUCUCUUCAACAAUGAGGCUACUCAGAUAAGUAAUUACAGAGAACUCAUUUUUGACCUUAUCCCCAGCCUUAAAUUCCUUGAUGGGUUUGAUGCUGAAGACAGAGAGGCUGAAGAUAGCGAAGGGGAGGAUGAUGAAGUCAAUGGUAAUGAUGAAGACAGUGAAGAGUGUGAUGAUGAUGAAGAGGACGGCUUGGAAGAUGAAGAAGAGGAAGACUUAGACGAAGAUGAUGAGGUUGGAUUGGAUGCUGUCUACAAAGAUAAUCUUGAAGAGGAAAGUGACGGUGAUGAUUAUGAUGGGGAAGCUGGAGAGGAGGAAGAUGAUGAUGUUUUAGAUGAUGAAGAAGAGGAUGGUGAAGAUGCUGCAGAGGAUGGAGCUGAAGCUGAUGGUGCUGAAGAUGAGGAGGAGGCUGAGGGCGCAGCAGAGGAAGCAUCACAGACACGAGGGAAGAAGAGAAAGCAUGAAGGAGAAGAAGUCAAUUAGUGGUUGGAGCAUCAGGUUGUAUACCUGUUGUGCUGAACUGACCAAUCUUAUCGGACAUUGCUGUGGUUGUAUGGUGCCUUGCUGUGCAAUUUGGAGAGGCCCAACCUUUCCGAGUUUAAGUUGUUUUUACGUCUUGGUGUGGAGCAUGAGCGGCAAUAUGUUGGCAAUCAUGUAGCAAUCAUUGUCAAAGCUUUAACACCUCAAGACCAUAGGCUCUGCCUAAGGGAGUACAAAGAACCAACCUAAUCAAAGGUUGCUUUUAAGAAGUAAAUUGUUAGUGCAUCAGUGCUUUUAUGUUUCCUGCACCAAAUAUUUAAUAUGUGACUUCUCUAGACUGGCGAUGCAAUUUUUUUUUGUAGACUGUCCAUGUAUGUACAUGAUGUGUUGAUAUGCAUCUGAUCAAUUGUUGAGUGACUUAAGAAUGAUUUUGUGUAGAGAUGAAAUUCCCCCAUUGUGGUUGGCAAUUUUCGCUGUACUUUUGUAAAAUUGUUUGGAGCAGGAUGUGGCAUGAUUUUUGUGAUGUGAGCAAGGUACUUGUUGAACUUGUGUGCUGGCCAAAAAUGUGAGGCUCAGCGUUUGUUUCUCCAGACUUUCAGAGGACACUUUGUUGUCUGGCAAUUUUUUUUAUCUUUUUUAAACUGUCAUUCAGUUGCAUCUCAUUUUUUGAUUAAUGUAUCAAAGCAUUCUGUAUAAAGUAUAUUAAUUCAUUGAAAUGAUGAUAAAGGGUGGUGAGAAGAGGCUGUGUUGUCUUUUAAAAAAUAUUUGAUAUUGUCAAGGAUUCAAUCCUUUUGUUAAGUUCUUGGAACACUGGUAUGUUCUGCCCAUUCUCACCAUCCUUGAGCGUCAAACCAACUAUUAGUGUGAGGAGUUGUUGGAUGGCUGUGACUUUGUAUUAUCAUUGAUCUUAAUAAUGAAUGUGCUGUCAGGGCCAUUGAUAUUGUCAUAUUGGCAAAAACUCACCAGUCCUGAUUACAACUCCUCACCAUGUUUGACCCAUCACAUGCAGUUACACUGCUUCAUGAAAUGUAAUUGUCAGUUGUUGAAGUAAAUUUUUAUAAAAACCUGAA